AUGGCCACCACCAGCCCCGAAGUUCGAAACGGCGACUUCCUCUACCGCGACACGCUCUUCGUCGACCUGGGCCUCAACAAACGCCACCCCCGCGCCGCGGUCCAGGACUUGAAGGAACUGCUUCUGCCCAAAAAGGGCGGGUCUGCGUCCGCGCCGCCCAAGGACCAAGUCGCGCACUGGUAUGAGGCGCAACUCAUCCACUAUGGCCUCCCGCGGUCCCGGGACAAGAAUACCGCGAAGGUGAGGCUGACUAAUGCGCUUGCUUCGAAGACGUUGGGGGUGCCCAAGGACAUUGUCGCGUUGGAGGGGGAGAUGAAGAGGGAGUAUGCUAGUGCGUUGAGACGGACCAAGUCUGGCGCUGGCGGUGCGAUCAAGGGCGAGAUGAAGGUGGCGGAGGGCAAGGCGGCGAAGAAGAGCACGACCGCGAGUACCGGCACGAGCAAGUCCAAGACGACAGUGGCGCUGGAGGUUGGCGGGACCAAGGUCACGAUUGAUCGCGAGGAUAUGGAGGCUGCGAAAAAGCGAUCGACGGCGUCGAAGGCAGCCGCCUCGAAACCGAAGGGCGCGAAGGCGAGUGAUUCGAAACCCAAACCUGCGACGGCGUCGACGGCAGCAACGCCAAAGACGAAGGAUGCGAAGGCGAGUGACGCGAAUCCUAGACUUGCCACAGGGGCGGGAAUUGCCGCAGAUGCGUCCCGUUCGCAGUCCCAGGCGAUCAAACGGACCGCAAGACGAGGUGGUCAUUCAGCCCACAGCGUGUCGGAUCGUCUAGUUCCAAGCUCCUCUCCUGAGAAACCACGAGCCAAGCAGACCGCCCGACGAGGUAAAGACGACCCAUUUCGUCGUAGUAACAGCGACCGCGGCGCACCAACCUCUUCACACACGUACGAUCACACGCCGUUUUCUUUCCAGCAUGAUGUCGACAUGGACGAUGCACCACCCGCUUACGAGCCCAUCGACUUCCACCAGCAACGAGAAUCCCCAGGGCCGGAGGACGACUUCCCCAUCUCAGGGACCUACUUCUUCCCGCGAGCUCCGUUCCAGCCCUUUAGUCUCACGCUCCAAGUUGAUGACCGCUCACGCCAGCUCUGGGGCCGAUUCCAGAUCGGGUCCAAGGAGGGAGUCCUUUGCGUGGGUGACAUGUCGGGCAUUUCGAGUGACCAUGCAGUCUCCUUCGGAUGGAGAUCAGAAGAUCAAGACGAUGGGUUCAUGAAGUUCGGGCGCGGGUGUGAUGGAGCGAUCGAGUUUGAUGGCGAAGGGUGGAUAAGAGGCCACUUCAAUGGGUUGAUGUAUGGCGAGGACGUGGAGUUCGUGGGCGAAUGGGUGAAUGGCGAGGGUUUAGAUGUUAGGGAGAUGAAGCAUAUCUGGGAGGACUUUCCUAGGAAGGCGUAUGGGAGCGGUUAG